AUGUUGUCCCUUGGCGGUGGCGUUGGAAGCUACUCUCUGGCUUCUAAAGAAGAUGCAAAGAAUGUAGCAACUUAUUUAUGGAACAAUAUCUUGGGUGGUUCAUCUACUUCUCGGCCGCUAGGAGACGCUGUAUUGGACGGAAUUGAUUUCGAUAUUGAGUUUGGAUCAACCCUUUAUUGGGAUGAUCUUGCAAGAUAUUUGAAAUCAUAUGAUGGAACUGGCAGAAAGGUGUACUUAACAAGUGCACCCCAGUGUCCAUUUCCUGACAGUUUUCUAGAAUCUGCACUUAAUACGGGCCUUUUUGACUAUGUUUGGGUUCAGUUUUUUAACAACCCAUCUUGCCAGUAUACUUCCGGAGAUACAGGUAAUAUCAACAAUUCUUGGACUCGCUGGACAACAUCGAUUAAUGCAGGGAAGAUAUUUUUGGGCCUGCCGGCCGCCCCGGAGGCUGCCGGAAGUGGGUUCAUUCCACCGAAAGUUCUGGUAGCCGAAAUUAUUCCGAUGAUUAAGAAAUCACCCAAGUAUGGUGGAGUGAUGUUGUGGUCCAAGUAUUGGGAUGAUCAGGCUGCAGGGGCGGAGCCAGCUUGUUGA